AUUUUUCCUACAUUCCUUUGCCAAGAAGAAAAAAACGUGCAACGAAAUUGCCAGGAGAGUCGAUCAACAAAGCGUUGUUAUAUUUCUCAUUUUCACACUCUUCUUCAACUGAAAAUCUUCAAUCCGAUCCGAUUCUCCACCGAUGGCCGCCCAAUCCUCCGCCGCGGCCACAACCAAUAUCAUGUUAGCAAUCUACGAGAAGAAAACCACCUCCGUUGACCUCUACCGUCCUCUCCGCAACUAUAUCGCCAUGUUCUACUCUGAGCGCGAAGCUCAAAACCUAGAAGACGACCUCCAAACUCUUAAGCAGUAUCGCACCGAUGUAGAACGCCAAUCUGAUCCUUCACCGACUUCUCGCCGUGACCUCCUUCAGAAUUACUAUAAAGCCCUUUGCUUAGUUGAAACUCGCUUCCCUAUCUCUCCGGAUAAAGAUCACAUCAAUAGUGUGACGUUUGUGUGGUACGAUGCGUUUAAGCAGAAGCAGAAGGCUUCGCAGCAGAAUAUUCAUUUAGAAAAGGCUGCAAUUCUUUUCAAUUUGGGUGCUGUGUAUAGUCAGAUUGGGCUUUCGUUUGAUCGCACUACUGUAGAAGGGAGACGGCAGGCUAUUCAUUCGUUUAUUGCAGCUGCAGGGGCGUUUGCUUAUUUGAGAGAUAAUGCAGCGACUAAGGCGUCGAUGGGAUCGAGUACGACCGUCGAUGUGUCUGUUGAGUGUGUGGGAAUGUUGGAGAGGUUGAUGCUGGCUCAAGCGCAGGAGUGUGUGUUUGAGAAUACCAUUGCUAAAGGGAGUACUCCAGGGGUCUGCGCUAAGAUUGCGAGGCAGGUUGGGCUAUAUUAUGAGGAAGCUUUAGCUGCACUGAAUGUUGCACCUUUGAAGGAUCAUUUUGACAGGCCUUGGAUUGUUCAUGUCCAGUUGAAGGCAGUUUUGUUCUAUGCUGAAGCUUGUUAUCGGUAUGGUUUAGAGCUGCAUGAGAAAGAAGAAGUGGCGGAAGAAAUUGCACGGUUAAAGAGUGCGGUCAGUGCCUUAUCUGAGGCAAAGAAAAGCUCUAAGGGGGCUGCAGCACAGCUUCUAGAAGCAAUUAGCAAGCUUGAAUCCAAUAUCAAUCGCAAUUUGGAUAGGGCUGUGAAGGAAAAUGAUAGGGUGUACCUCAUGAGGGUUCCUUCUCCAAGUUCCUUGCCUCCUCUUCCAGCAUUUUCUAUGGUAAAGCCGAUGGCAAUGAAUGAGGUAUUAGAUGCAAGCAAGGAAAAGAUGUUCGCAAGUCUUGUUCCAGACAGUAGUGCAAAAGCUCUUUCAAGGUAUACUGAGAUGGUUGAUGAAGUUAUAAGGACACAAGCUGAGAAAUUACAGCAAGCCAGUGAGCUAACUCGAGUGAGGCUCAAGGAAAUGGACCUGCCAGAAUCAAUUCUUGCUUUGGAAGGAAAUUUUACGCUUCCAGCAGAUCUUAAGGAAGAUGUGGAGGCAGUGCAGAUUAGUGGGGGACCAGCUGGCCUGGAAGCUGAAUUGCAGCAACUUAGAGAUUUGAGAAGGGUGAACCAAGAAUUGCUGGUCCAGACUGAGGAGCUUUUACAGAAAGAAGCAACAGAAGAUGCUCAAUUUAGAAGCCAAUUUGGCACACGGUGGACUAGGCCUCAAUCCAGCACUUUGACAAAGAACUUGCAGGAUAGGUUAAAUAGAUUUGCAGCUAACUUGAAGCAAGCUGCAGACAGUGAUGGCAGAAUAGAGCGUUCAGUAAGGGAUCAUUCUCCACUCAUGUCAAUCCUUGACCGCCGACCGAUAGAAUCUGCUCUUCCAACUCUGGCUCGGCCAAUAAUGUCGUUGGAUGCCAAUGAAGAUGCUAUAGUGGGGUCGCUGAAGCAGAGCUUGCGGCAAUUGGAGAUUCUUGGUGCUCAACGGGCUGGUCUUGAAGAUAUGCUCAAGGAGAUGAAAAGGAAGGAUGACAUACUGCCAAAGUUGAUGACAUCUACUGGCUCCUAUGAAGAUCUUUUUAGGAAAGAGAUAGCCAAAUAUGAUCAGAUCUGUGAGGACAUUUCCCAAAAUAUUGAAGCACAAGAACAAGUGUUGUUGCAAAUACAGGCUCAAAAUGAGGAGUUCUCUGCUGUCUUCAAUCUUGAAGAUUACAAAGCAUCUCGUGAAAAGUGUUAUAAGCAGAUACAGGCUGCCAUAGCAAAGUAUCGAGAAAUAAAGGAGAAUAUCAAUGAGGGACUGAAGUUUUACGUUACUCUUCAGGACGCGAUCACCAAUGUCAAGCAGCAAUGCAGUGAUUUUGUGAUGACCAGAAGCAUCCAGUGCCGAGAAAUGAUAGAAGAUGUACAGAGACAAAUGGCUGGGUUGAGUUUUCAAGAUCGUAAGAACCCAGGUUCUUACAACUACCCAGCAGUGAACCAAGCCCAUCAAACUCCAAGAUCAAGUCCACCGCCUCCAGCAGAGCCUCAAAAUAUUUCCCAUCCUCGUCCCCAAGCACAUUACUACCAGCCUCCGGAGCAGCCGAGUAUGCUGGGAUAUUCUCAUCCACCUCCACCUUACGGUACUCCCCAGCAGCCACCUCCUUACCAUAUCGCUCCUGCUCCAGGUACUCCUUACCCACCUCCACAGGUUCAACAACAGCCACCGACAAGUCAGGAGUACGGCCAACCUGCUUAUCCAGGGUGGCGGGGCCCAUACUACAAUGCACAUGGACAGCAACCUGGAUCGCUUCCUCGACCGCCUUACACUGUCCCUAAUCCAUACCAUCCUCCUCCCCAUCAAAGUGGUUACUAUAAGCAAUGAUUGUGUAGUUUCUCUUUUUUUUUUUUUUUUUUUUUUUUUUUU